AUGCAUCACUUCCCAUGGAAAAUGACCGACAACGUCUACGAGCAAAAGCUCGGCUGCAUUGAAGAAUUUAUGGACCAGACAGAUAAAUCAAUACCUGGACCAAGACAGCACUUGAGUGUACAUGGUUUCCUGCGACUUCAGUUCAUCCCUUCUCGUGGAGGCUUGGAAGACCGACUGAGGCGAGCGUGGCGCGUAUUACGAGGAAGCGCUCCAGCACUCACAGCUGUUGUUUGCGACGGGAAAAAAGUAUUAUCUCAAAUGGACCAAGUGGACAUUGAUGCAUGGGCAGAAGAGUCUUUUAUCAAGCAUCAAGAGUCGACAACGAUGGAGUCCAUCUUUGCGGAAUCACUUCGUCGAAAGUACAUUACGUUGCAUUUCCUACCUGGCGGCGAGGUUGGAAGAUUCUGCCUCGCCAUUCAGGCCGGCCACGUUCAUUUCAGCGCACGCGAGAUAUAUCGGCUCUUUGACAAGUAUCUCAGUAUUCUUGUCAACGAAGACCUUACAGAAAACGAACCUGAACGUCUCCGCAUACAGCAACUGCCCUUACAAAUUGACGACAUGAUACCUGUAUCAUACCCGCAGUCAGGGAAGGACAGCCUUGUCGCUCGCGACUGGCUAUCUAUUUUGAGCGACGUCGAUCCAUUAGCUAUACCCACGAAUAGCAAGCACAACAAGCCGACACCGCUACGGACGGCGCGCUCAGCGGUCUCAAUUGGGCAAGAACCCAGUACUCAACUGGUCAGAGCUUGCCGUCAGCAUAGCAUCACCGUCACAGCCGCUUGGUUGGCAGCCAUAACAUCCACAUUGGCCGACGUUACCACAGAGACUUGCAAAGGUCCAUUAUCGGAUAAGAUGGCUUUGGCUGGGAUGACCACACUUGAUUCGCGAUCUUGGAGGACUGACCAACCAUCGCCAGAUGACGAAAUUCUGGUCUGCAGCCGCUUCGCUUUAUCGCCGAUCAAGCUUUGUGCAAAUGCUCCCUUCAGAGAAAAUGCAAAGAGAGCGAUGGACGCCUACCAUGGAGAUGGCAUUCUUCCAGAAAAGGGGGCCGCCUUGCCAUCAGCAACCCAGCUGCUCUCAUGCAUGCUGCAGGAACACCCUGAGCUAAAAUCUAUAGUCACAGCCAGCUACGGCGUUAUCGACAAGUACGUAAAACAUGAGUAUCUACAUCAGGAGGAGGUUGUUAAAGUCGAGGAAAUCUGGACCGCCGUAGGAACUUUGGAUGACUCUGUUGUCAUGAUGCUGCACACAUGGCGGGGUCAAAUGUGGUUGAGCGCAUCCUACAACGAAGCCUUUUACUGCAGGUCAAUGGUAGAUAUCAUACUUGCUAGGGUCCGCGAUACCAUGUUACAAAACCUAGAUGCCAAUGUAUCAUAG